AACCGAGCUAAGGGCAUUCUUAGGCCUAUUGAAUUAUUAUGGAAGGUUCUUGCCUAACCUCUCAACCAUGCUACAACCACUGUAUAGUCUGCUGCAGAAGAACACAUCGUGGGAAUGGGGUGCAAAACAAGCAAAGGCUUUCCGGCAAGCCAAACAGAAUUUGUUGGAAUCGGAUUUCUUGACCCAUUAUGACUUGAAGAAACCGGUACGUCUUGCUUGCGAUGCUUCACCGUAUGGAGUGGGAGCCUGUCUCACACAUGUAAUGUCAGACUGUAGUGAGCAACCAAUCGCUUUUGCUUCACGAACCUUGACCACGGCAGAAAGAGGAUAUGCUCAAUUGGAACGAGAAGCGUUAGCACUCAUCUUUGGAGUGCGACAAUUUCAUAAAUAUUUGGUGGGAAGGUCAUUCACACUUGUAACUGACCAUCGACCACUGUUGAAGAUAUUGGGUCCGAAAGAGGGAGUACCUACUCUAGCAGCGGCUCGACUACAGCGUUGGUCACUAAUUCUAAGUGCUUAUCAAUACAACCUCGAAUACACAUCAGGAGUGAGCAACAAAGAAGCUGAUCUACUUUCGAGACUACCCAUUUCAGUCAACGUAGUGGAUCCUAAUGAGAAAAUCUAUGCUGUUGAUCAUUGUGAGCAGUUACCUGUUACAGCGCAAGACAUUGCUAAGGAACUGCAGCGAGACUCCAUACUACGACAAGUUUACGAGUACACUUUGCAUGGAUGGAAGCCUAAUGUAAGUACACAGUUACUGCCGUAUGCACGACGAGCGGAUGAGCUUACAAUUGAAGACGGGUGUCUACUGUGGGGGAAUCGUGUAAUUAUUCCAACCAAGCUUCAAGGCACAGUGUUACAAGAGAUUCACGAAGGUCAUAUUGGCCUCUGUCGAAUGAAAUCUCUAACACGGAGUUUCGUGUGGUGGCCAAGACUAGACCAAGAUCUAGAGGAGGUAGUGAAGACUUGCACAGCAUGUCAGAGUAUACGGAAUAAGCCGGCUCAUGUGAUGUCACAUCCAUGGAUCUACCCAGAUGCGCCCUGGACUCGCCUUCAUGUGGAUUUUGCAGAGUUCAAGGGAAAGCAAUACCUUGUGGUAAUUGAUGCAUUUACCAAGUGGCCGGAAGUCCACGAGCUCGGAAUACAUGCCACUACGACUCAGACAGUUGAAGCAUUGAGGAGGUCAUUCAGCUGCCAUGGAAUCCCUCAAAGGCUAGUUUCAGAUAACGGGCCUCAAUUCGUGGCAAGAGAGUUUCAAGACUUCGUGAGAGCGAACGGGAUUAGACAUCAAAGGACACCUCCGUAUCACCCUGCUUCGAAUGGGCAGGCAGAACGGUUCGUGCAGGAGCUCAAGAAGUCUCUGAAGAUGAGGCCACCAGAUCGGUCAAUUAGUCAUCAGAUUUCGUUACUGUUGUUGAAAUAUCGAACAACCCCAAACACUACUACUGGGAAGACACCAUCAGAACUACUGAUGAAACGUGAGCUGAGAACACGGUUAACAUUAGUAAGACCAGAGAGUGGACGACAAAUUCGAGACAGGCAGAGUGAGAGAUACGAAGAAGCAACAAAAUACGUUAGAAAUCUUAACCCAGGAGACACAGUGGCAGUCCUCAACACACGUCGAGAUAGCCGAGGGAAAUGGCUGACAGGAAUCAUCCUACAGCGCUUGGGACCAACAAAUUACAUGGUGGACGUGAACAAUCACCUCCGAUAUGUUCAUAUCGAACAUAUCAGGAGACGAGAUGAAAGGAGUGUGCCUGCUGUCAUAGAGACAUCAGAUGAGGCGGGUACUGAAACAACUACAGAUAUUACUUCUAAUCCACGACCAACACUUGAACAGACAGGACAAACAGAACCUACUAGUCCAGUGAGAGAAGCACAACAAGCGGAAGAACCUGUUACAAUAGCCACACCAUCUCUUGCUGAGGGAGCUACAGCCGAAGUAAGGGGAACAUCAAGUGGAACUGAUCGACGUUAUCCAGUUCGAGUUAAUCGUCAGUUACCCCUCCGAUACAGACAAAGCUAAGGAGAGAGGAGUGUGGUAGACUGGUACAUAGAUUGGUGAGCAUGCGUACGUUGGGGUGUCAUAUACUUAGAUAAUUAGAUAAGUGACUGUUAGCACUUGUUGGAUUGCUGUUGCGUUAGAGUCUGAGCAUAGUAUAGACUGAUAGGGUGUGAUAGCUUGUGCCGAUCUGGAACGUAGCUUACGACUGUUAUAAUAUAUAUAUAC